AUGGCGAGUUCCCGUGGCAAACUAGAAAUGGCACCAGUCAAUGUCACUGUGGUCAUGGGCACCAGAACGUUCAUAGACAUCCGCUUGGAGAGGAAACAAGUGCAGAAGAUCAUUAUCCACAAAGAUUAUGAACCGCCCCACCUCAACAGUGACCUCUGUCUGCUCCUGCUGGCCACACCAGUAGAAUUCACUAACUUCAAAAGGCCCGUGUGCCUGCAGGAGAAGGAGGGGGCCUGGGACCGGUGUUGGAUGGCGGAGUGGGUAACGGCUCGUGGGUAUGGCCUAGACGACGGCUUGAACACGUACCUGAAGAAGCUGCGAGUGGUACAGAUUAGCCAGAGAGAGUGCGCCAAGAGAGUAGACCAGCUCCCCAGCAGCAUGCUGUGUGCCUGGAGGGAACCAGGCACCUACGGCAGCUGCCAGGGAGACAGUGGGGCACCUAUGGUCUGUGCUCUGUUUGGAACCCAGAGGCUCUUCCAAGUGGGUGUCUUCAGCUGGGGCAUAACAUCUGGCUCCAGGGGGAGACCUGGUAUGUUUGUGUCUGUGGCACGAUUUAUUUCAUGGAUCCAGGAGGAGACAGAGAAGGAGGGGAAAGCCUACACCAUCUCAGGAGCCCCAAGAAGCUUCCUGAUUUGUGUCUCGCAGUACCCCUUCUUGCUAGUCUUGGGGUCUCUCAUGCUGCUCACCACCAUAUUCACUGGCGAUAAAUCAAGUCACUAA